AUGCCCGAGCCCUUCCUGCCAGGUAUAAAGAUAACACAGGAGAUGGACAUCACCAGUGAACUGUUUUUCUCUUCCUCUCUAGCUGGUUUCCAGAAUGGAGGAGCCACUGUCAAUGGAGAUGUCUUUCAGGAGUCCAACGGCCCCACAGAUGCUUAUGCAGCCAUAGCCAAGGCUGACCGGCUGACCCAGGAGCCUGAGAGCAUCCGCAAGUGGAGGGAGGAACAGAAGAAGCGGCUGGAGGAGCUGGGUGAGAUGCAAAGCCGUGUGGCCGCUCUCGAAUGGCGUGAGAAGGCCAAGAAGGACCUGGAGGAGUGGAACCUGCGUCAGAAUGAGCAGAUGGAGAAGAACCGCGCAAACAACAGGAUCGCUGACAAAGCCUUUUACCAGCAGCCGGACGCCGAUGUGAUUGGCUAUGUGGCCUCGGAGGAAGCGUUCCUGAAGGAGUCCAAGGAGGAAGCCCCGGGCUCUGAGUGGGAGAAGGUGGCCCAGCUCUGUGAUUUCAACCCCAAAAGCAGCAAGCAGAGCAAGGAUGUCUCGCGGAUGCGCUCAGUGCUCAUCUCCCUCAAACAGACGCCCCUGUCCCGCUAGCUGCCGCCCAGCACAGCCAAGAGCACAGCCAGGCUCACCGGGACCGGUGGCUUCACGGGGCCAGCCCGUGAGGGGUCCUUGCCCUGCCCACCCCCUGCUCCCUGGCAUGCACCUCGGCUGUGCUUGAGUCUCCAGUUGUAACUCUCCCCAUGGUUUUCCUUUGCUUAAAAGGUGCAUUGGUCUCUUUUUACACUUAUUUAUUACUGUGGCAUUUCCCUGGGAAGCAACACUAAAUGGCAGAGCUGAGUUAGUGGGGGGGCCCCCAGCCUGCACUCUGUGGGCAGGUCAUGCCCAGGGCCUGGCUCAGAGAGAGGGGAGCCCCUGGGGUUCUUGUGUCCCCUGGUGUUCCCCACCUUGCACCCAGAGCAAUGCUCAGAGGCUAGGAGUAAACCUGCCUGCUUCCUGCCCCAGGCUGUCCCAGUGCUGUGCUGCUCCAGGCAUGACAGUCCUGUGUCCGGGCCUGGGUCCUAGUCCUGAGGCGGUGAUCCUUAGUGGCAACUUGGGCUCCAGCCUGCCUUUGCUGUGGGGUUUGGAGCAGAGCUGGCUACAGGGCUGAGGUGGUGGAGGAACAGCCCUGGCUCUCAGCUCCACUCUGCAAGGUCCUGCUGGGAGCAUGAUAGAAGCGUGAUGCCAGCGGGGCGGUGGGAGCGAGGAAGGUAAGUGUGGGGCACCCAGGGUGGGUCGAGCCUGCCAGCGCUCGGCACCAAGCACAGCAGAGCUCUCCCCAGCCUAGCGCUGCACCCCAAAAGGCUAGUGGGCUCACAGCAGCAGUUGCAACGUUGGAGUCCCAUCCAUGCCGUGGGGCUGCUGGUGCCAGACAGCACUGUAGUGAAGGCUGCUGGAAAGGGACCAAAGGGGUGAGCGUGCAGGGUAUUUCCUGUCCCUUCCCAAGGCUGCUGCUGUUGGAAAGAUGCUUCAGGGGCUUUCAGGUCUGUUCUGCUCCUUCUUCUGCUAUCUGGAAGGGAGUCAGAGGUUGCGCAGCUGCAGAGAAGCAGGUAGGAAAGUUGCUAUGGGAAAAAAAUCAAGCCUCCAGCCUCCCCUCUAACCCAGGGGGGCCAGAGCAAGAUUGGGCAGUUCUAGGUGCUGAGGGUGGUUCUGUCCCUGGAGAAGAACACUGCACAUGUUUGCAGCUGGACAGCUGCUCUACAGCUCCUGUCUGGCCCAGCCCCCCACUGGAUUUCCACACCUAAGGCAGUGAGGAGAGAUGCUUCAGUCCUGCUCCCCUCCAUAAAGCAGACUCCCCAGCCCAAGCAGCUGCUUUCCCUCCCCUGCUUGGCACCAUGCCCUCCAGCUCUGAAGCUCAGCCUUGGAAAUCUGCUAAAGUAGUGCUUCGCUGCAUAGCAGGAGAGGGGUGGUCAGAUGCUGUCGUGCCCUGCUGCAGGGCAGCCUUGAGGUUUUGCUCCACUGCCUGGCUCACUGUGGGUUUGGGAAAGGCUCACAGCAGUGGGGAGGGGGCAGCGACCCAGAGCAAAAUCCAUAAACUUUGUCCGAGCCUCACUGCAGAGCCUUGCUCAGCCUGUAAAGCAAAUACACGGAGCUCUCCAGCCCUGCAGCCACAGCUCCACCAGGCAAGGGCAUCGGCCCUGCUCCUGCAGCCCUCACAGGGCUGCCUGGCUGCCCCAGAUCUGCAGGGCACAGCCCAUGUGGCUCAGUGGUGCCACUACAGCUGCUCAGCUGGUUUGGAGGAUGCCACGGUCCCUGGCAGUGGGCUGGAAAGGGAAACAAGGUGCACGGAAGGCAACUUGAUGUUUUGUGCUGGGAUUAUGCCCCUUUGUCGUUAAGGCUGGUCACUUGUACUCCAUCCCCCUUAGCCCUGGCAUGUCUAGACAGCUCUGCUGUGGCAUGGGAUGGACAUAGAUGGUAGGAUGAUAUAGGGCUUCAGCCGCCUGCCUCUGCCUUUCACUACAGAGCAGCUGGAAGCACCUCUGGUUGCUUUCCAGGAACAGGGAGCCUCCCUGCCUUCUGGCCUGGCAGGAGUUCCUGGUCCAGCUGCAGGAACUGGCCUAGGUCCCUACAGGCUCAGGGUGCAGCUCCUCCAUACCUAGCAAGCAGCCAGACCCCUGGAUUCCUGCCUGCAGCCACUCCUUUGCAGAGGGGCCCAGCUGCCACGUGCCCUCUGUGCCAGGUGGGGGCAGCCAGCUCUCAGGGAGCAGUGCCCACAGCUGUUCUACAUCCCCCCAGCUUUGGUAUACGUGACUGUUUAAACCACCUAUUACAAUAAACCGACAUCUCCAAACUGA